AUGAUGAUUACUGUUAAGGUAAUUUCAAAUCUUGGUGGGUCAGUUUCUGAUCGAAUGAAACUUCGAGAAUUGUAUGAUAGCACAAAAACUCGGUACUCCAGACUGAAGGUAGAAGACGAUGACAUGGCAAGGAAGAGGAUAUGUGGCAUGAUAGAUAGAGGGGUUGUACAAAAUAAUCAUGCACUGGGAGGAGAGAAUAAAGGAAAUGGGCUGAUUUCUUGCAUAAGACAACCAGGGAUUGGGUCUGUCAUUAAUAAUGAAUAUCUGGCAAUUAAGGGGUAG